AAAAACUAGUUAGAAUAAUAAUUGACAAAUUCAAAUCGAAAUAAAUUAUUAUAAACUAUAGAUUACUAUUAGCAUUACUUUAAAUCUUGCACUUCACACAAGAAAUUCAAAAACAAACCAUGCUGAAUGGAUUUGAUUCAUUGUUCAAUUCUUGCAUAGAUAAAUAGCUAAUAAAUUUUUGAAAAAUUUGCCUUAUUUAAAUAAACUUAAAAAAAAGCAAUGCCAGAACAGCCAACAGAUUAUCGUGUAGCCGUAUAUGGUUCAGGAGGAGUUGGUAAAACAUCACUUGUACUUCGAUUUGUACGUGGAACAUUCCGUGAGACAUAUAUUCCAACAAUAGAAGAUACAUACAGACAGGUAAUCAGUUGUAAUCGACAAGUAUGCACAUUACAAAUCACUGAUACUACUGGUAGUCAUCAAUUUCCAGCGAUGCAACGAUUAAGCAUUACCAAAGCACAUGCAUUUAUUCUUGUAUAUUCCAUAACUAAUAAAGCUUCAUUUGAUGAAUUACAACCAUUAUACACUGAAUUAGCUUUAAUUAAAAUGGAAGAAUUGCCUAAAGUACCAAUUAUGCUUGUUGGUAAUAAAGUUGACGAAAAUGAUAAUCGUGAAGUUAGUCCAGCCCAUGGUAAAGCAUUAGCUCAAAAAUGGAAAUGUGGUUUUAUGGAAACAUCAGCGAAAUCAAAUUUAAAUGUGAAAGAAGUUUUUCAAGAAUUACUUAAAAUGGAAACACGACGUAAUAUGACAUUGGUAGGUGAAACGAAAUCUCGCUCACGUUUUGUAUCAUUUUUUAAACGACGUCCAAAUGAAGCACAAACUAAUGAACGAAUUGUUAUGAACACUGGUGUUAGUGGCAGUAAUGGUACAAAUAUGAACAGUUCCACAUCGAUUGUCGACGCAUUAGAUAUGCCUAGAUAUAUAGGCACAACACAAGAACAAUGUGCUGCUGGCACAUCGAAAGAUAAAAAAACUCCAUCAAAAUUGAAACGAUUCUUAAGUAUAAAAACAAAUUCCGAAUCUACUGGAACAGUUAAAAAAGACAUCAAUGAAGAUUGAUCACAAACUUAAUAAUUUGUAUCUAAUCAUUUUUAUUGCCCAUUCUGUAAAAAUAAUUAUUUUCUGUACUUUUAACCAAGUUAAUAGAUUGUUUAUUU